UAUUUGGGUUUUUGAAAAAGCCACACUUUUUUUUUCUUCUUCUUCUUCCUCAACUGAUCUUCUUCUCUUUCCCCGCGUUUUCUCUCUUCCACGCCGGAAAAACUCGCCGGCGACGCUGAUCAGCGGCCAUAAUCCACCGUCGUUGUCGUACUGAGUAGCACCGUUUUCGAGUUUGAGUUCAGGCUAGGCUUAGGGCUAGUAUGGGGAACUGUAACGCUUGUGUGAGAGCUGAUAUUAUAGUAGAAGAACAGAGCAACCACGGCUCGAACCGGAACAAGAAGAAGAAGAAGCACAGGGAAACUAGACCCAACCCGUUUUCAGAUGACGCGAUUCUGUCACCGGCUCCGAUCCGGGUCUUGAAGGACGUGGCUCCCCUGAGUCACCGGACUCGGAUCGGGGAUAAGUACGUACUGGGUCGGGAGCUCGGCCGAGGCGAGUUCGGUAUCACGUACCUCUGUACGGACCGAGAGACGAAGGAGGCCCUGGCUUGCAAGUCCAUUUCCAAGAGAAAGCUCAGAACAGCGGUUGAUAUAGAGGAUGUGAGGAGAGAGGUGUCGAUAAUGUCGACGUUGCCGGAGCACCCGAACAUCGUGAAGUUGAAGGCGACUUAUGAGGACCAUGAGAACGUUCACCUGGUCAUGGAGCUUUGUGAGGGAGGCGAGCUUUUUGAUCGGAUUGUGGCUAGAGGGCACUACAGUGAGCGAGCGGCGGCCACGGUGGCCAAGACCAUAGCCGAGGUGGUGAGGAUGUGCCAUGCCAAUGGGGUUAUGCAUAGAGAUUUAAAGCCUGAGAACUUCUUGUUCGCUAACAAGAAAGAACAUUCACCUCUCAAGGCCAUUGAUUUUGGUCUUUCAGUGUUCUUCAAGCCUGGGGAGAGGUUUUCGGAGAUUGUGGGGAGUCCGUACUACAUGGCUCCGGAGGUGUUGAAACGGAAUUAUGGACCAGAAGUUGAUAUUUGGAGCGCCGGAGUGGUUCUUUACAUCUUGUUAUGUGGAGUUCCUCCAUUUUGGGCAGAGACUGAACAGGGGGUAGCUCUUGCAAUAUUAAGAGGGGUAAUUGACUUCAAAAGGGAGCCAUGGCCUCAGAUUUCAGAGAGUGCUAAAAGCCUCGUUAGGCAGAUGCUAGAGCCUGAUCCAAGAAAGCGUUUGACUGCUCAACAGGUGCUUGAACAUUCCUGGAUUCAAAAUGCAAAGAGAACUUCAAAUGUUCCUUUAGGAGAUAUUGUGAGGACAAGGCUUAAACAGUUCUCUGUCAUGAAUAGAUUCAAGAAGAAAGCCUUAAGGGUCAUUGCGGAGCACUUAUCUGUUGAAGAGGUAGAAGUAAUUAAAGAUAUGUUUGCGUUGAUGGACUCUGACAAAGAUGGAAAAGUAACAUUUGAGGAGCUAAAAACAGGACUGCGGAAGGUUGGUUCACAACUGGGUGAGCCAGAGAUUAAGAUGCUCAUGGAAGUGGCUGAUGUUGAUGGAAAUGGAGUAUUGGACUAUGGAGAGUUCGUAGCAGUGACAAUUCACCUGCAGAAGAUGGAGAACGAUGAGCACUUCAAAAGGGCAUUCAUGUUUUUUGACAAAGAUGGUAGUGGAUAUAUAGAAUUAAACGAGUUAAGGGAAGCAUUAGCAGAUGAAUUAGGGGAGACUGAUAGCAUGGUGUUGACUGAAAUAAUGCGUGAAGUUGACACAGACAAGGAUGGACGUAUCAGUUAUGAGGAAUUUGUUGCUAUGAUGAAAACCGGAACUGAUUGGAGAAAAGCGUCUCGCCAGUAUUCAAGAGAAAGAUUUAAGAGCUUGAGUCUAAAUCUAAUGAAAGAUGGUUCUCUGCAGCUUCAUGAUGGGAUCAGUGGUGUAGCUGUUGCAGUAUGAGGCAUGAUAUUUUCAUAAUUUCGAUUUUUUACUUUUAUUUUUUUGCAGCUAAAGAGUGUUCCUUUCAUUUUUCAUUGGUGCACCUGACAAGUAUAGUAUCAUUUGCAUCGUGAUGUAAGAAAAUUUCAAGCUUUGGGUUCAAAUUCAAUAACACAUCACCUAAGCUUUGCCGAAUGCUUGUGGACUACAUUGGCCAGUCUUCUGUCAACAUGGGGCUGCAAUGAAGCUUGCAUCAGAGGCCUGCAAAACGGCUACAAUUGUUAGCAUGUUUGUGCAACAAUUUGUGUUCUGUCACAUUUACUUGUAUAUUUCUCUGUAUCUUUUUGGGGUUUUUUGUUUGAAUUUGUUUUAGUAGUAUUUACGGCUUAUGUUUUCAAGUCUUAUUUAUAUUAUAAUUUUGUAGCUAUUUUUAGAGGGAAUACUAAUUUGUUUUAUCUUGUGUA